UUGGCUGCCAGCGAGUUGCUUGGGGUUGGACCGGCCACGAGCCUUUGACACUGUUUUCGUGGUGAAGCGACCCUGAAAGAUGCAAGCGCAAGCACUAUCUGCACCGGCAGCCUGCGCCAAGAUGCAGGCUGGGCAAGGCAACGUAAGGCUGAUGGAUGCUUUCAAGAAAUCUGUGGAGAGCCGAAAGGACAAAUCUUUCAACAACUACAGGGAAAGGCGAACUGAAUCGCAAAAGCUCAGUGAUCAACUGAAGACACAGGACAUCCCUGAAGAGCAGAAAGAGGUCAUCAAGAAGAAUUAUGCAGCGCAGCAGGAUGAUUACUUGAGGGAGAGCCGCAAAGAGAUCACCAUCAGCGAUUUCAAGCUGUUGAAGGUGAUAGGCACUGGCGCCUUUGGAAUCGUCAGACUUUGCCGUCACAAGGGAACUGGUGAGAUUCGUGCCAUGAAGCAAAUGAGCAAGAAGGAGAUGGUUUUCAAGAAUCAGGUUCAUCAUGUGAAUGCCGAGAAGGAUGCACUCAGCGUAGCCAAGGAUGACUGGAUUAUCGGAUUGCACUACACCUUCCAGGAUGACCAGUAUCUUUACAUGGUCAUGGAUUACUUGCCUGGCGGUGACCUCAUGACGCACCUCAUGCGGAAGGACACCUUCACUGAGGAGGAGACCCGCUUCUAUAUCGCGGAGCUUGUAGAGGCUAUUGACUACAUCCACACGAACUUGCACUACAUUCAUCGAGACAUAAAGCCUGACAAUAUUGUCUUUGACAUUGAUGGCCAUAUUCACCUGCUGGACUUUGGCCUUUGCAAGUACCAGCAACCGGAGCCAGCGGAGAGCGGCGACUCUGAAAAGCAGCCAGAUCCUCCCAGUGGUCCUUCUAACUUUCGUGCAAGACAUCCUCCUCGAGAGAAGAUGCAAUCUGUAGUUGGUACGCCUGACUACAUGGGUCCGGAGGUCUACAGAAAAGCUCCAUACGGAAAGGAGUGCGACAUGUGGUCCCUGGGAAUCAUCAUGUUCGAGAUGCUAUUUGGUGGUCCUCCAUUCAGCGAUGAACGGCACGAUCCAUCAGUGACCUCUCGACGGGUGAUGGAUUGGCGGAGGUGGUUCAAGAUGCCACCAGAUCCCAAUGUUGGAGAGGAGGCACGCAAUUUGCUCAGAGGGCUUAUUUGUGACCCAGAGGAACGGCUCACGGCAGAUCAGAUCCGUGGACAUCCCUUCUUUCGUGGGUUGGACUUCAAGAAGCUCCGAAAAAUGUCUCCGCCAAUCAAGCCAACUGUCAAAGGGCCCUUGGAUACCUCCAACUUUGAUGACUUCAGCGGAAUAGAUGAGAAAUUUGUCAUCCACAAGGAGAGACACAAGGUGACAGGCGAUCGAACAUCUCUGGCAGCGUUUCAUGACUACAGCUAUCGCCGAGAUCUUGAGGCCAAAAAGCCCUCUAUCUCAGCCGCGCUGAAUUCUGCAAGUCUCCCUGCAAAGAAUUCCGAGGCCGUUGUUGCCAAGUUGGCGGAACCUCAUAGUGUGCAAGGAGUGCAGUGCUGUGCAGGUGGCAGCCGCACUGUGGCAAUGAGUGCAGGUGGUCUCACAUCAGGUGAGAGUGGCUGGUAUGUUCAGGGUCAGCCGAAUGCAACUUGGGGAUUCGCUUCUCAGCCUGCAUGGCCUCACGGAUACGGAUACCAAGGUGUUCCAGCAAUGACGAUGCAGGCAUACUGCCCCGUGCCUGCCAGGCCUCCUAUGCAAGCCAUGCCAGUUGGCUUUGUGGGUGCCUGCCAAGGCGGCUGCUUUCCCCAGCAGAUGGCACCGAUGCCGGCGCAGCCCAUGGCGCAGAUGAGCUGCCCUUCAGAUGUGCAAUACUGCAUACCCUCGACAAGGCCUCAUGCAUAGCUUGCUCAAGCACGCUGUCUGAAGUCUUUGUCACGGCACAAGACCCGAAGAGCUCCUUGGAGCUCCUUCAACUGUGGCUGGAGAGGGAA